AUGCACCUUCUGACCACUCCACGUCGCUGGCAGGAACAGCAAGCGCUUCGCCUGUGGAUCGCGACGGCGGCGUUGCUGAACGUGGACGGCCUGGCGCUACACGGCGGCGGCGUUAUUUCCUCACCGGCGUCGCCAGUCUCUCCUUCCUUUGCCUGUCGAGGUUCGGCUGGAAGUACGGCCUCCGGCGGUUCCUCUUCUUCGACCGCCUCUGCCACGACAGCGACACCGUCAGGCAAGGAUACACCAAGACAACAAAAGGGUUGUCCACAACAUGCUCAUUUGGCAGCAUCUCCCCCUGAAAAUUGA